AUGGCUUCGACUGGAACCAUGUCAAAUAACGUAGAGAACCUCUCCCCACAAAUUAUCCGAGGGGUUGUAAAGGAAAUGCAAGAUCUAGUCAAUAACCCACCUGAAGGAAUCAAAGUUCAAAUUAACGAUGAAGACGUAACCGAUAUCCAAGCGUACAUUGACGGCCCGGCAGGUACACCUUAUUUCGGGGGUGUUUUCAAAGUCAAGCUCACUCUAGGCAAGGGAUUCCCCACCGAACCACCGAAGGCUUAUUUCUUCACGAAAAUUUUCCAUCCGAACGUCGCUCCGAACGGAGAAAUUUGCGUUAACACGCUCAAGAAGGAUUGGAAGUCAGAUCUCGGAAUCAAACAUAUUUUAUUAACCAUUAAGUGUCUUUUGAUCGUCCCGAACGCGGAAUCCGCGCUAAACGAAGAGGCCGGUAAACUACUUUUAGAACAUUACGAGGAUUAUUCCCAAAGGGCGAAAAUGAUGACGGAAAUCCACGCGCAGCAACACAAAUCGAAAUGUUUGACUGCCGACGGUCCUCUAGCCAAGAAGCACGCGGGCGAUAAGAAACUGACGGCCGAGAAGAAAAAAAUACUAAAAGACAAAAAGCGAACUCUAAAGCGUUUAUGA